AGUCUUUAAAUCCCGUAACAACUGGGCCCUUUCCCAGUGUUUGGCGCUCAGUUGAAUAAGUGCUGUCAAGCUUCCAAGCAAAAGUAGCCAAUGGCACUUCUUCCUUGUAAUUUAUCAAAACCUCUCCUCAGGUCCCGCCAUUAAUGAGUGAGUGAUGAGCUCUAUCCGAGGUAUGGUUCUACUGGGUAAGAUGCCUACUCAUCUCUGAAACUCUGACUUAAGGACCGAGCUGCUGUGCAAAGAGAUUGCAGAGAGAGUUAAAGCCGGAAGCCGGAGAAGGUCUUACUCUUACUCUUCUGCAACCACAGCAGGUUCUCUAUGGUUCCUUGAUGUCUUGGGUGUGCCGCUGCUUGGAGUUUUCAUCGUUAUUGCACAUUCUCUGAACGAUAAAAAAGCAGUUGGCAAAAGAAGGAACAAACGGUCUGGAUUCAAAAAUUUGAGUUCAUCUCAUCUUAUUGCCAUUCACUAGCUGUGGGGCCUCAGCUUUUGUCAGUAAGGAAGGACUGGGACAUUUGAGAAGAUUGAUUUCUCAGGCUGACCCCAAAGUUGGGAGAUGGAGAGCAAAUACAGAGAAAUGCUGUUACUGAGGGGCCUCGAUAACAUCACUGAUGAGGAACUGGAUAGGUUCAAGUUCUUUAUUCCAGAUGAAUUCACGAUUGCCAAGAGCAAACUGCAGACUGCAAACAGGACAGAGUUAGCCAACUUGCUGAUUCAAAAUGCGGGUGUGGUGCCUGCGGUGACUAAGACCAUACGUAUCUUCCAGAAGCUGAAUUAUAUGCACGUGGCAAAAAAUCUUCAGGACGAGAAGGCAAAAGUUGAUGAUAAGUAUAUGGGAAAUAAAAAGACCAAAGAAGCAAGUCUGACAAAAAGGAAAAGUCUAACUGAAGUGGGUUCUGUGGCCUCUGCAGUCAGCGGCAAUGAUGCCGGCCAGCACCGGGUGGCACCAGCAGUCUCUCCUCAUGGGAAGCCUAAGCAGAAGCAGGUGACGCCCCAGCAGGAAUCUGUCAGAGAAGAAGGGUUGCAGAAAGACCGCAUAAUAGUCAUGGUGCUGAAAGCAAUGAAGCCCUUCGAGUUUGAGACCCAAGAUGGAAGAAAGCGAGAGAUGUUUCAUGCUACUGUGGCCACGGAGAAGGAAUUCUUUCUUGUAAAAGUUUUUAAUAUGCAGCUAAAAGAUAAAUUUGCCCCAAAGAGAACAAUUAUCAUAUCAAAAUAUUGUUGGCACAGUGGUUUUCUGGAGGUGAAUAGUGCCUCACUGAUAGUUGAUGCUAAGUCUGAUCAAGAGAUUAAUGUACCACCGCAUAUUAUCAGGAAAGCUGGGGAAACACCAAAGAUAAAUAAGCUUCAGACUCAGCCCCUUGGGACAAUAGUGAACGGGCUGUUUGUAAUACAGAAGAAAACAGAAAAAAAGGAUCAUGUACUGUUUGACAUCAGUGACAACACAGGGAGCAUGGAAGUAUUGGUGUUCAAAAAACAGAACCAAGUAAACUGUGAGGAAGGAGAUAAGCUUAGACUUACCUUCUUCGAACUGUCAAAAAGUGGAGAAAAGUUACAGCUGAAAUCUGGAGUUCACAGCUUCAUUACGGUUGUUAAGGCCAAAAAAUAAAGAAAUAAAUAAACAAAAAGGAUCAAUUGAACUCAAUUUGUCUAAGCGACAUUUAAUUGAAGAAUCCCUGAUAUAUACUCUUCGACCAGAUUGUGAGCUACCUGGGGGCACCAGUUCACAGGCUCCUUCCCACAUCAAAUUAGUGAAGAUGUGAUGACCGCUGGAUAAACAACUCCAAAAUAUCAACAUAUCAUCAUCAUAAAAGUUAUUUUCUCAUUAAUUAGAGUCCUGGUUUGGUUUGGGGAAGGGAUGGGAUUCUGCUAUGUAUAUAUAUAUGUAUACUCAAGGAUAUUGCUGUUGUUCAAUAAAUAUCUGCUGAAUGAAUAAAAUUAUUAAUAAGAA